GGCCGCCCUACAUCGCUCGGCCAAGUCCCCACUUGGGCUGAAGGACUUCAUCUCUGACACUCACGCGUGGACCUUGGUACUUGGUCUGUCAGGCUCCUACUCUCAGGCUCGGUAUAUCAGGAGGAAGAGGUACUCGCUGCGAGGAUCUCAUGCCAUGGUGUCGCAAGAUGCGACAGCUCCUAGCCAGCCGACCUUGAUCGUGCCGUCGUCACAGCCAUUAUCUCGUCCACAUACAAAUGUAGCGCUUGAGUUCGACUCUGGGCUCAACAGCUCUGCGGCAUGGACCGCAUCCGACGCAGCAAAGCGAAGCAGCAACGCAAGUGCCGACGUCAACCCGAAUAUCCUGUCGGACGACGAAGGAGAUGACGAGCCCGAUCUUGAGUCUCUCCAAGGUCGCUCAGCCCGCGCGCUCUAUGCAUUUGAGGGAAGGGCGGAGUUCAGGGAGCUGGUAUGCGUCGAAGCUGGCGAUGAGCUGGAAGUACUGAAGGAAGACGUCGGGGAUGGAUGGAGUCUCGUCAAACUGGCGAAGUGCAGGAGCGGAAAUGGCCACGAGGGCGAGGUUGGGCUGCUGCCGACAACGUACUACACCUUCACUGCCGACUUUGCCAAACUGCCCGGCGUAGUCGUUCCCUCUCUGCACGCCCGCACCAAGAGCCGUCGCGAUGCAUCUGGCUCAUCCAUCACACCCAGAGGCUCGCCCACGCGUACCUCUCCUGCCACACCUCUUAUGCCACAAACAACUGGCGAGUGGUUCCCGAGCUUCCGUCGCAGUCUCCUAGGUGGUCGCUCUCUCAAUCGAUUUUCAAGCUUCGUGACCAGUGGUGCGGAGGACUUUGUCCUGCAUGGUAGCGCCGAAGAGGAGUCAAUCCCACAGGCGGGGCACAGUAGAGUGACCUCGGCAGCGAGCGUCAACGAGGAUGAGAGCAAGCGCGAAAGUACACUAGGCAGCAGCGGCGAGGCAGAGAAACAUUUUGUAGAGGUGGGGCCGGCUUGGAAGAGCAAGCUACCCACAUUCCACGUCCUAGUGCACUCACCGAGCAAGAGGAGCUCGGGCCUCGCAGGGCCAUAUACCGUCUACACGUUGACAGCUGUCUUUGAUUCCCCAGAAGCGUCUCACUCCCAUCUACGAUCAGCGUCGGAUACAUAUCCCAACGAAGAUGAGGACGACCAAGGGACAACGUCCACCUCAGAACCUACGAGUAUCACCGUGCAACGACGGUUCUCGCACUUCGUCGUACUACAUACGGCGUUGACGAGGCGUUUGCCGGGGAUCGCACUUCCUCCACUGCCUGAGAAGCAGUAUGCAGGGCGGUUUAACGACGAGUUCGUCGAAGCCAGGCGAGGGGACCUGGAACGCUACAUCAAUCGCGUCGUGCGGCAUCCCGUGGCUCGGUACGCGGAGGUGCUCACAUUCUUCUUGGGCUGCGAGAGCGACGCGGAAUGGAAGAAACAACUGCCCCACUACUUGUCGCUCCCUCCGAAGGGCCCCUCAUUCUACGCGCAGGUCUACCACCCGGCGUUCAACGUAGACGCGGACGACGCGACUGAUGCGAUCGAUCGCUUUGUGGGCCACACGAGGGCUGUAGGCAAAGGUGUGCAAGGCCUGCGAAACAUCUUUGGCAGAGUUCGAGAGGCUCGAGUAGAGAUGUCAAGAUCUGAGCGUUUGCUCUCCUAUUCUCUUCUCUCGUUGAUCACAGCCAAGCCGCUCGCAUCCUCUUCAACCACGAGCCCCACAUCCCCCCACGCCAACGGUGACGAGGACGAGGAAGACGAGGAUGGCGCGGGGAGGCGGAGAGGACAUGUCAACGCCGACGGCGCGUGGUGCUGGCGAGAGAACUGUGAAGACUGUCUUAGGUUGACGAAGGCGGUGCAGCGGACGGCAGAGACCAUGAUAAGCGUGGCGGACCUCUUCGACGAUCAUGCACGGCGGAAACAACUUGCAACACAUGAAGCGCUCAAGAGCGUCGCACAUCCUGCAACUGUCUAUGCGCCAGUGAUUGAUACGCACCGGUCGACCCUCUCACGAUAUCAAGAGGCGAUACGCGAUGGACAGGAGGACGAAGAGAUGGCAGCUCGCUGUGAAACCGUGUUGAACACGACAAUGGCAGAGAUGGACACCUAUCAUACACAGAAGGUGGAGGACUUCCAGGCCCUUGCGAAGGAGCACCUCGACGGCGAGAUCGCGCUGUACGAACAAAUCUUAACGCGUCUGCGUAACGCCCGAGCCACGUUCGACGACCCUACCUACACGUCCCUCGGCCGCGGGGCGAACCCGCCCUCGAUGUACGAGCGCGAGCUCGAGAACCCCCGCUUGAAUCCUCCGCCGCUGACGCAGCCGUGCCCGCACGUCUUCGAUUCGGCACCCAUCCGGCCGGUGAGCGUAGCAAUUCAGGAAGGCAUGGGUAUGCUUCUGGGAAGCGGUGGCGCCCCUGGUCGAGGCAGCGUGUUCGGAAGAUUAUGGUCGCCUUAACCAGCUGGCGUGCCUUUAGUAUACCUGCUGGCACUGGGCGCAGGCAGCUUCUUGCAGCAUGUGUUAUCACGAUACCCA